AUGAUUUCUGGAAUAUGUCGUCCUGUCCUUCCGCGGUUUUGUAUACGAGGGUUAUGUUCCACGGUAUCGCAGGCAGAUUAUGAGAAAGUCGCGGAGGAGUCUCUCGAGAGGCUCUCCGAUUAUCUGGAUACUUUGCCAGACAAACUUCAGGUAUCACCCGAUUAUGAUGUUACGAAUGCGAUGGGUGUGUUGACAAUUGUCAUAAGCAAACAAAUAGGCACAUAUGUCAUCAACAAACAGUCCCCCAACCGGCAGUUGUGGUUGUCGAGCCCCAUUUCGGGUCCAAAGCGUUAUGACCUUGUUGAUCGUCGGUGGUUUUACAGUCACGACAAUGAAACAAUGGAUACGCUGCUCACAAGGGAAUUCAGAAAAAUAUUUGCAACGGAUGAAAUUGAUUUCCGUAAUAUUCUUUAA